GAAGAACAAUAGGCGAAUGGAAAUCCCAACACCUCAUGUUUUUCCACUUUUGUUUUGAAAUAAAUAUUUUGUUGUAGGCCAUUGGCUUUUGCAACAGGACAUAUACUGCGGUCAGGUUUCGCUUUGUAUUCACGACUGCAUCUAGGGGCAAACCGGUGUAAACCACGCUACCUCUUGUCAACCAACAAUACGGGACUAAACCAACAUUUGAAGGACUGCAGGAUGAAAACCUAAGGUCCGAAGUGGAAUUGUCGGCAAGUAUAAAAAGAAGUGCUAGAUCUACAUCGAGUGAAGCUUUCAUAAAAAUAUCUCAAAAUAGAAAUAUGUUUACCCCUUCGCCACAAGAACCGUCAGAUCAAUCGAUGAGACUAGUAUGUGUACAAGAUAAUAUUUACGCUGAAUCAACAGAGACAGACCAUGGCAGGCUGUUCAAAAUGGAGGAUGCAUCCAGCAAGUUCCUGUGCAUGGGUAAUAUCCAUGGCAACUGUAAACAAGAAAAGUGUACAAGACUUCAUAGCGAAACACAUUUACCUUACCUUUGGCAGAUACACCUUUUUGGGGGUUGGUUCACGUUACCGAAUUCUGAAAGUGUUGAACAACUGUUCAGUUCUCCGAAAGAAAAGGAUUAUUCUUUCAAGUUUACCUAUGAAUUGGACUUAUGCAUUUUCCCUUUGGACUGUACAAUAGUGUUUGAACCAGUGACACGGGCAUUCAUUCGUGAGUAUAGUUUUGUAGAGGUCAGGCGUUUGAGCACAAUGUCUUUCAACGAGGCCGGCGAUGUGGGGGACAGCUACGUAACUCAAUGGCGAUGGUACUGGAAGGACAAUGACGGGGAAUGGAUGUUGUUUGAACCUGACUCUCUUCAGCAUACGCUUGAGGCCAAGUUUCUUGCUAAACAAACCACAUACCUGUACUGGCGUGAAAACUACAAGUGGACGUAUACGAUUGACUUUGGUUCUAUGACGCAACAAAACGUGCAAACUGGAGCAACCAGACCACUCAGACGACGCCCAGUGUUUGUAUCUAUUAAAGACGUCCAGGACAACAAAACACCCCCAUGUCUAACGCCUCCUCAAGUGAUUGACGUUGCGCUACCGCAGUCCUGGGUACCAUGGGAUGUGGCACACCCAUUCGAACUUGUUCAGUUAUCACCUUACGAUAAAGACUUUAUAGAGCUGUCAGCAAGCUUUUUCAAGACCGCAAGCCGUGAUCAAUUUACUAUAACAGCCGUAUUCCGGAUACAGAAUCAUGCUCUAUUGUCUGGAUUUAACAAUUACGAGAAGGUCAUGUUAAACAACCAGCGGAGACUUGGAGACAGAAACCCUGUCGAUAAACGCCCCCUCUUCCACGGAACCGACAGUUUGGAUACUGUGCGCGGAAUCUGCGUCAAUAACUUCGACUUCCGGUUAUGCGGAAAAAAUGCCACUGCGUAUGGUCAAGGCGCAUACUUUGCUAGAGAUGCGAAAUACAGUCAUACGUUUACAAAACCAGAUGAAAAUAUGGAGAGAUUUAUGUUGCAGGCUAAUGUUCUAAUAGGCAACUACACGAAAGGUGACCCACAGUAUAGGCGGCCGCCAGAAAAGCCAGACAAAGGUCAUGAACUUUUUGAUUCAUGUGUAGAUGAUGAAGAUGAUCCUAGUAUGUUCAUUCUUUUCGAUAAAAACGCAUACUACCCUGAGUACCUUAUUCAGUACAAACAUUCAGAUGACGAGUCAUCACCGCAGCCCGUUGUUUUAUUGAACGCUUCAAAGCCUUCCAGUUUAACACCUUUACUGGUUGCGCAGCAAGCGCGACCAUCACAAACAACAACAAAAAGGCCAAGAAAACCGAGAUCAAAAAAAGCUUCACUAUCUUUGUCAGGUGUGCAACAAACAACACCAACAUCAAUCCCUACCAAACGAUCCCGAUCAAAAAAAUCCAAAACGAGCAAUUCUUCAAGUGUGUCCAAUUCAGUGCCACCAAUAUCUGUGCUUCAAGGACCAAUUCCAACAUUAAACGCACCUUCGUCACAAUCUACGCCAAUGCCUACUAUGAAUUCCUCCAUUACAAUGACAUCACCAGCUGGUGUGCCGCUAGGGACCCCUACACCAAAUACCACUACUAUACCAGUACUAGCUCAUUCAUACAAUCCAUUGUCGCUACCAAAAUCAAAUGUCACAACACCUGUUAUCGCAUCUUCUUCACAAUCACCGCAAAUGCUAACUGUUAGUUCCAACAUAUUAAUGCCAUCAACAGCUUUGCCACUAACAAUUCCACCACCAAAUUCCACGACACCAACGUUGCAAUCUACGCCAGCACAAGCUCAUGCAAACAAUUCAUUGUCUCUAGCAUCGCACAAUUUCACAGGAUCACCAUGGAAUUCCAUGUCCAUGCACGCUUCGAAUUCUACUUAUUUUUGGGGUAACCCUCCGCCUGCACACACAACCCAAACAUUGCCUGGUUACCAAUUCCAAGCACACCACCAAUUACAAUCAAUGUAUGAUCCUAUAAUAAUAAACGACACAGAUAGCGAAUAAUGUUAUAAGUGCUUACUUUUAAAACCUUAAUAAUAAAACUUCGUUAGUUGGCAAGUGUUCUGAUUGUUGCAAUGCUGCAAUCUUCAAAACACACAACUUAUUUCAGUUACACAAGCAAAUACUUUCACUGUUGCACGGUGUGAUCAAUUCUAGGCUGAGUGCAUGCCUUUGAAUUCCAAAUGCUCUGCUUGACCGUUCCAAAACGCUUGAUAUAUUGUAUUUUAAUCGUAAUGUUGUGUUGUAUGCAUUGUAUGAUUAUUCUGGAAUAUCAUCGUUUCAUGUUUUAUUCCAGAGGAAUUCACACUGAAUUCAUAUUUAAAACAGAGACAAAUAUGCGGCUUAUCUUGUGCUAUUCAUAUGGUUUUUUUUAUUUAUUUUUAUCGUUAUGUUGUUUUUAUUUUCAAUAAUUUCAACAGUCUAAUCAGUUAAUUUUGGUAGGCAAUAAUUUAGUUAAGGCUUUUCUUUCGAUUUUUUUGUCUUCCACAUAAUUAUCACUCUGGUUAUGAGCUCAACUCACUAAAAGCUCAGAAAACUGUAAACGAGAAUGAUAUGUUCGACCUAUCAUCCCAUUAAAAAUCAUGCCUGUCAUAAAGUUAAUUGUAUGUUUCCGAUAAAUAUGUAGAGAACACUGAAAAAAAUAGCUCUUACGAAGUAAAACUCAUUUGUCGGCCAUUAAGACUUAAACUUAUUUAAUCAGCUUAUCAUUGCGACAUUUUUUGGCUUUGAAACAUAGGGAGAAACAGUGUGAAAAUUGCAAUUGUUUAGCAUAUUAAAUAUGUACUUGUUGAUGCUUCAUAAAAUCACAAUAUUUAAUCAUC